AUAUAAAGAGACGGUCUAGUGUUUUAGAGAAUCCGACAAAAGAUCGUCCCCGUCCCCCAAGAACACGUCCACCCUCGUUAUCUCCAAUAAAAUUAUCUAAUAAAAAUCUUACCGAUACUCAUCCCACAAACUCUUCCGACAACACCCAAUCUGAUUUGAUUUCUAGAGAUUCCUUUCAAAGUCUUGCUCCCAUUAUAUCUUCUCUUUCUCCAAAACAACGUUCUCCUACUUUUAACACUUUUAAUUUAACUGAUGAUGAUAAUGAUAUUCAUUCUCUUUCUCGAUCUCCAUUAGAUAGAUUAUCUGAUGGUCUUUUACGUCUUUCUCAAUCUUCAGCCGGAAAAUCUUUAGCUACUCCUUUCAGCAGUCCUGAAAAUGAAAUUUUUCCACUUCAAGGUUCAUUAUUAUUAUCAAGAGAAUCUUCAACGACUGAAGGUUCGAAUAAUUAUCAAUAUUCCGAUUCAAACACUACACACGUUCCUUCCACCAUUUCAAUUUAUAAUGCUGAUUAUAACGAUUAUGGCAAUUAUGAAGAAUUACAAGGCGAAUCUUUAAAUAAUAAUCUCACUCAUAUGACUUCUAAGCAGUUAAAUCAUCCUAAUUCUUUAUCAUCGAAUAAUUCUUCUUUUGAUCGUGAUUCAAAUACAAUAGUCCAAUCACCACAAAAUACGAAUAGUGUUAUUAGUGUCUAUUCAAAUGAAAAGAUUAGUCAUCAUAUUACUUCUGAUCAAUAUAAAUUAGUCGAUGAUAAAAUUGAACAACCUAAUGAUGUUAACGUACGGAUUGGAUAUGCCAAACAACAAGCUGCUCCUCUUUAUACAUCAGAUGGUAAUUAUGCAAAACCAAUUAUGAUACAACUUGGAGGCAAAGCUUCAACUGGUUCUCAGAAAACUAAUGUCACACCUGAAUUACCCGGAAAACGUACUUUACGAUCAGUUGCACCUCCAAAACCACAACCUCCUCCAUUAUCACUUACUGAUACUUUAAUUGCAUCAGGACAAAGCGAUAUUGCACAUCAAGUUAUGAUAAUGAGAAGAGUACAAAAUGCUAAUGAAAAUUUCAACUUACAUUCAAAUAAUUCACCACGUAAAUGGACAAAGUCAAAGAAUAAUACCAUAAAAUCAAUAUCAGGUCCACAAUUGGUGUCAACUUCCUCAAAUAUAAAAGCAGUACCUAUUGUAACCCUUGGGAAUGAAGAUGAGAGAAACAAUGCAAAGUUUCGAAGAAAAUUUUCUUUACGUGAAACUGAUACUGGCCUUGGAAAGUCACUAAAAAAGAUUAAAGAUGUAUUUAUAAGUGAUAAUGAACCAAAUAAAUCAGGUUUAUUUGGUAGUAAGAAACCAAAACAUGGUACUUCUACAUCACCAGACUCUUCUACUGAUAACUUACCAAGAAAGUUUGUUAGUGAAGAAAAUUUGAAUCAAAGAUUUAAUAAUGCCGAAAAGAAAGGUUUUGAUCUUGGAAAAAGGCGGGCAUAUAGCACUAGAGAGAAUAGGCCAAAUGAAGCUUUAAGACAAGAAAUUC